ACGUGAUCACGGGGGCCCCGCCAUCUUAGGGAAGGGCCCGCGAUUCCCGCUGCUGAGUGCGCUUGCGCGACUCUGGCUUACGCUGUGCAAGGUCUGAGGCUCGGGAUACGUUUAAACGGCUGAUCGGCAGAAAUAUUCACCCGGGUUCCAGUUUCUGACAGGGAGGCAAACCUGGCUGUAGAUUACGCAGUGAAUGCUUACAACAGAAAGUCUGCCAAUCCUUACCUUUUCAAGCAGAGGCACCUUAAAAGUGCCAAGUAUAAGACCAUAAGAAGAUGAGAAAACAGGACCAGAAGUAGGCCGCCAGGCCCCUCAAGCCUGCCCCACUAUUCAAAUGUUUAUGAUAACUUCUCCAGGUGUGAAAGCAUACACUGUGAUAUUUGAUAUUAAGGAAAGUCUUUGUCAAGAGCAAGUGGAGCUCAGAACCUGCCCAUUCAGAUCUGACGGCGAUGCUGUUGAGGGUGUGUGCAAAGCAGAAGUCUUUUUUGAAUUUGGGUUCCAAAUUAAAGUACCUGAGGCACCUUUAUGUAAUCUACUAAUGCCCGUCAAAAAAGUGGUGGAGACCAUCACUGUUCCUUGUGAAGAUUGUGCAGUCUCUGCAAGCAUUGAUAACCCCAUGGUGAAAGCAUCAGUGGAAUUAGCAUUGAAAGUAUUCAAUGAUGAAAAUAAAAAGAAAAGGACAUUUGCACUAAACAAGAUUAUUUACGCAAUAAAAGAGGUGGUAAUGGGAGAGAGAUACUGGGUGCAUUUCCAAAUUCGGGAAACAGAAUGUGGAGCAGACAAAAACGAGCAUUGGUCGGACUGUCCAUUUAAAGCAUUGGAUAAAGCAGUAAUAGGAGAUUGCCGUGCAGAAGUUCUGUUUCAAAUUGGUGAAUCAAAAGGUCACAUGAGAGGAAUUCCUAAAUGCCAGCUGAUCCAACUGAUUAUGGAUGAAGAUGUUAGUGCAGUGCCAUGUUUUGGUUGCUUACUACCCCUGAACACUAAUGAUCCAAGAGUGCACAAGAUUGUGAAGCAUUCCAUUUCUAAAUUCAAUGACAACAGCAGGCAGCUUUACAAAUUUGCUUUGGCUCGAGUUCUUUCUGCAGUACACGAGACCUCUGUCGGGGAGAUUGUUACUCUCAAUUUCGAGCUUAUUGAAACAACCUGUCCUAACAAUAAUGAGACUGUACCUGACACGUGUGGUCCAAAGAUCCCUGCAACAGCAGGUUCAGCUAUCUGUUUAACUACGCAGAACAAUGACAUCUUUGGAAAACUAAUAUACCACAAGUUACAGUGCAACGUGACUCAAGAUUGGAAAGUCUAUAUACUCAAUUACAUGGAAGUCUCCAGGAAUGAAACUAAUUACUUAAAGGAGUUGCAGCCCAAGGAAUUGGCAAUAUCUGAAAUCACACUCAAAACUUCUGUUGAACCUGAAACAGAACACCCAACUGAGCCUCCUGCAGGACCCCAAAGCUCAGAAGAACCAAGAAUCUUGCUGGAAGAGUCUAGGCCCACUGUAGCAAUUGAAAUCACUGAUUCUGAACUAAUAGAUGGAUAAAAACAGAGAGUGGAGAAAGUAAAUUCACAGAUAGUCUAAUUUUCAAACACAUCUGAUGAUCAGAUUGUGGAAGUGUACUCACAGACCAGUAAAACAACUAGAUUGAUUCAAGUGGUAUGUUUAGUUUUCUGAAAAUAUGCAAUAAAUUUUAAAUACAUAGCAAAUCUUUGUACCUAGAAAGAGUGGUAGAUGUUGAUAUUUCAAGAGAUUUUAAUG